UUUGAAUUGUUCAUUUUGCUGUGGUAGCUUGCUGGUGCUACUCAAACUCAGAAGCACGUGUGACAGCUUUGAAUUCACUGGACCAGUGCAGACAGCAAGAGAGGGAAUUCUGCAUGAAUUCUUGCUAGGAUUGCCCAGUGAGGCACCAGACCUUGGAACCAUGGCCUCAAUCCUCCAGUGCUGCCCUUUCCUAGCUCGGGACCCAGCCACCAUCCUGGGCAAAUUGCGCCCCCUGCUGGCCAGCAAUGCCCAGCGCUGCCCUGUAUUGGUGUCCCGCACCUUCUCCAGUUCGGCUGAUGACUUUCAGCAAGGGAAGGAGACCUGUGGAGAUACUGGAACUACUCAGGCUGUACCUGUGGCUUUCCCCACCACUCACUGCCCUUUCAUGGAGUCAGAGCGCCAAAGUGGACAGAGUUCUUUUGUGCAAAAAGCAAAACUGGAGGUCCAGGAGGACGUCAGGACUUUCAAAUCCGGGGUGCUGACUUCUCUGUUCAGAGAGAUGCAGUCCAGCCUCAAGAAGAAGUUGCUCGACUCUGACCAAGUUUCACACCUCAUCCAGGACAACAUGCCAGGAAGCACCACCUUUGACUAUGACAAGUUCUUUGAGGGCAAGAUCCAGGCAAAGAAGCAAGAUCACACCUACCGGGUUUUCAAGACAGUGAACCGUCGGGCUGAAGCCUACCCUUUUGCGGAGGACUAUUCUUGCUCCCAGGCUGGAUCACGGGAGGUGUCUGUCUGGUGCAGCAAUGACUACCUGGGAAUGAGUCGCCACCCCCAAGUGUUGCAGGCCAUCAAGGAUACGCUGCAGCUUUAUGGAGCAGGAGCCGGGGGCACCAGGAACAUCUCUGGCACCAGCAAGUUCCAUGUGGAUCUGGAGAAAGAGCUGGCUAGCUUGCACAGCAAAGACGCUGCCCUGCUUUUCUCCUCAUGCUUCGUGGCCAACGACUCCACCCUCUUCACUCUGGCCCGCAUGCUGCCAGGGUGUGAGAUCUACUCGGAUGCAGGGAACCAUGCCUCCAUGAUCCAGGGCAUCCGCAACAGCGGUGUGCCUAAGUACGUCUUCCGACACAAUGACCCCAAACACCUGGAGGAGCUUCUGAGCAAAGCCAAGCCCAGCACCCCAAAGAUCGUUGCCUUUGAGACUGUGCACUCCAUGGAUGGUGCCAUCUGCCCACUGGAGGAACUGUGUGACGUGGCACACCGCUAUGGAGCCAUCACAUUUGUGGAUGAGGUCCAUGCUGUGGGACUUUAUGGGGCCCAUGGAGCUGGUAUUGGAGAGCGUGACGGAGUGAUGAACAAAAUAGACAUUGUCUCUGGCACACUGGGGAAGGCUUUUGGCUGCGUGGGCGGCUAUGUGGCCAGCACCACUUCCCUUAUCGACACAGUGCGCUCCUACGCAGCUGGCUUCAUCUUCACCACCUCCCUGCCCCCCAUGGUCCUGGCUGGGGCCCUGGAAUCGGUCCGGAUCCUGAAGAGUGCAGAGGGGCAGGCGCUGCGCCGUGCCCACCAGCGCAAUGUGAAGCACAUGCGCCAGCUGCUUAUGGACGCAGGGCUGCCUGUGGUCAGCUGCCCCAGCCAUAUCAUCCCCAUACGGGUUGGAGACGCGGCUCUGAACACCCACCUUUGUGACUUGCUCCUGUCUGAAUACAGUAUCUAUGUCCAGGCCAUCAAUUACCCCACUGUGCCUCGGGGUGAAGAGCUGCUGAGGCUGGCCCCUUCACCCCACCACACCCCACCCAUGAUGGACUACUUUGUGGAGAAACUCCUGGCAGUGUGGCAGGAGGUGGGCCUACCUUUGCAGGUCACAGCCUCCCCUGAAUGCAACUUCUGCCGCCGCCCACUUCAUUUUGCCCUCAUGAGUGAGUGGGAACGGGAUUACUUUGGCAAUAUGGGGCCACGCUACAUCAUGCUUGGGGCCUGAGCACACAGGAAGAGUGAUGCCUCCAACUGGACAGGAAAAGGCAUCAGUAUACUUGACACCUCUGCUGUCAGAAAAGGGGAAGGAAGAUUUCUGUAUGCAAUAAAUCUCUACAGCAAUAAA